AUGCAAGCAACGCCAGAGAUGCUAGCACAGCUUCUUGGGCCAGGAAAGGCGAACAGACUGGUCGAAUAUAGUCGGCUGCUUCUGGAGUGGAAUGUCAAGAUCAACUUGAUCUCGAGAAAGGAGUCUUCGACGGUUGAAGAUGUGUUAUCUCGGCAUGUCUUGCCUUGCAUGGCAUUCCCUUUGGCAGCUAAUUUUCAGCCCGAUGAAACCGUCCUUGAUGUUGGUACAGGGGGCGGGUUGCCUGGCUUGGUCUCGGCUAUUUGUGCACCUGAGACUCGUUUCACGCUUGUGGACCUUCGUCGGAAGAAGAUCAUGGUGGUUUCCCAGAUAGCGAAGGCGCUGUCGUUGAAGAAUGUUCUGCCGCUGCAUGAGAAGGCAGAAAACUUGGCUGAAAAGUAUGACUUUGUAACAGGUCGCGGCGUGACGUCACUGCCACGCUUCGUUCCUUUAGUAACUAAAAAUCUGAGAGGGCGCUUGAUCCGCAGCUCACGAGCGACCAGAGAGAAUGGAGCCCAUGAAGUAACAGGCAAAGAUCCCGACUGUACCACUUCGGUAGCAUCAGGCACUCGGUGUGGGCCUGGGAUCCUCUACAUGAAAGGGGGCGAUAUACAGGAAGAAGUCGAGGCACUUGGAUUUGCUCCCCAGCUGCGAGCAACGCUGGAUCGAUGGAUUCCUGGAUAUGACGAUCCAAGUGAUUCCCUGCUGCACUUCCCCACACAAUAA